UCUCUCCAUUUUUACCUUUGCUUUCAAAGUACAAAGCUACAAAAUCAGUACAGUGAAAUUCCCAAACAGAAUCCAUAAACUAUAAGCAUUUUAAAGGUGGGUUUUUGUUUAUAUAUAUAUAUAUCUCCGUGGCCAUCUCUUAUCUCUUCUUGGCGGUUACUCUCACCCAUUUCGAAGAACGAAGCUCCCCCCCCCCCUCCCAAUCCCUUUUUAUUUCAAGACUGCAUUCACCACCAUUGGGAUUCUCUUAAUAUCUGUCCCGAACAAAGACCAGUUGAGCCUCGGGAUAACCGUCAAAGUGCCGAAAACAGCAAUGAACUCUGAGGAGAAAACUCUUGUUGAAAUCAUAGACGACAAUAACCAGAUCAACCUUGCCAAGUACAUAAACUAUGUAAGUGCCCCUCAAGCUGGCGCCAUAGCUACGUUUUCCGGCACAACACGUGACACUUUCGAAGGCAAAACAGUAGUGGAGCUAAGAUACGAAGCAUACGUACCGAUGGCGAUCAAGAACCUCAAGUCUAUUUGUUCCGCUGCUAGAUCAUCCUGGGAUCUCCAUUCUAUUGCGGUUGCACACCGUUUAGGCAUAGUUCCAGUAGGAGAAACGAGUGUGUUUGUUGCCGUAUCGGCUACUCACCGUGCUGAUUCCCUAGACGCGUGUAAGUUUUUGAUUGAUGAGUUAAAGGCAUCUGUUCCAAUAUGGAAGAAAGAGGUUUAUUCUGAUGGAGAGGUUUGGAAGGAGAAUCCGGAAUUUCUGGAGCGGAGGUUGGAACUCGGCAAGGAUGGUGGCUGUUGCCGAAGGAAGAUCGAGACCGCGGCACAUGAUAAAAAGAGUUGUUGCAAACCAAAGGUGAAGGUGGAAGAAGCAAUAGAUUGAACUCGGAAUUUAAUUCGGUUCAUGUUGUCAUUAAGGCAUGAUCUUCAUUGUAUCGAUAUCGGUUGUACCGGUCAGUAAAAACCGAAUUAGUAUCGAAGUUGACCUAGUUCGGUUUUUGUUCGUCCAUCUUAAUAUGUAUGGAAUUGUAUCUAAUUGCCGUCUUUUAUAAUAUUUUUCUCUUUUCUA